AUGGCUGGAACACUCAGACCACCACGGCCCAGCACCGAACGCCGCGAGGCAAGGCGCUCAGCCCCCAAGAGGAAGGGAGAGUUCCUGCCUCCGAGGGGUCAACCCGGUGGGCUGGAUGACCCAAACCGGAGGAAUCCCUGCGGUUCGAGGGUCAAAUGGUAUCUUCGGUACCGCCAGCAAGGUCUCACCCCGGAAGCAGCCCUGAAAAAGGCCACAGAACCCAGGGAAGAGGUGUCAGCACCUGCGCCUCCUCCAAAGAGACGCAGCAGCAAUCUCACACCAUCGGUGGCCACCCCCAAGAGGGUAUGCCCGCGGCUCAGUAGCGGCAAAGAUAUGGCAAAAAAGGUUAAGGUGGCCGUGUUGCCCUUGGAUUUUCCAUGGGCCAUGCUCAAUCUCAGAGACUUAUCUGUGUUGGAGGAGGCCAUCAUAGACGAAGCCAACGCGUCUGGUGGAGAUGUCGCGGUCUCAUUCGCGGGCAUUCAUUUCACGGUUGGAUUCCUGGUCAUUGAGUGCUCCGAUGAGACCUCAGCCGUUUGGCUGAAUACCGCAGCGCCCCACUGCAUCACGCUGUUCUGCCCCAGGAGUGUGGAUAGGUCAACCGAAUCCCUGUUGGUUCUGCUGAGGAACCAGAACAGGAUCGAGACUGACACCUGGAAGGUAAUCUCCAGGAGGAGCGAGGGUGGAGGCGCCCUCCUUGUGAUUGGGAUAGAUGAGUUGUCCAAAAAUAUCAUUGUCGAGAAGGGGCACCAAGCUUUCUUCCGUUACAGGACCAUCCCCGUAAAUACUCCCGCCCCAGAGCAGAGUAGUCGAACUGCGCAGCCCACCGACUCAUCGGAGGACCUCGCAGAUGACGAGAAGUUGGCGGUCGUUACGCUCUGCAAAGAAGAGAUGCUGGGGGAGGGGGGGAUUCCCAUGUUCUCGCAAGAGCUAGAGGAGGAGCUGCAGGGUGCAGCAGUAGCUGACGUCGUUAUGACGAGCAGCGGUGACGGCGGCAACUCCAGGCCCCAAUCACCGUGUCAGCUGGAGCCCCUCCAGCAGUAG